CCCCCCCCACACACACACACACCUGCUCGGAACCAUGACAGAAGAUGACGGAUACAGUUGUCGCGGACGGACAAGUCAAGUUUAGAGAUGGAAAGAAGUGGAAGACUCGGUGGGUCGUGCUUCGGAAGCCCUCUCCGGUCGCAGACUGUCUGUCUCUGCAAGUGUACAAGGAGAAGAAGAAGGGGAAGGAGAAAGGCAGUGGCCACAAGGAGAGGCUCAAUGUAACGCUGGAGGGGAUCUGUGGUGUAGAGCCAGGGCCCGGCUAUGACGGCGUGUCCUACACUCUCUCCAUCCUCUGCCUGGCCCGCACGCUGGUCCUGGGCUUCAACAGCCGAGACGCCCUGCUGGCCUGGGAUGCCCACGUCUGCUACAGUCUGGGAGAAGUUCAUAGGUUCAGUGUCAAUGUCGAACCUGGUACCAAAUUGGAAAGUGGCCCCGCCUCCCUCCACCUGUGCAACAACCUAUUGGUCCUCACCAGAGGGCUCCCUCCUGUCGUCAUUGGCCACUGGAAGCUGUCGGCGUUGCGUCGCUACGGUGCUGUGGCAAAUGGCUUCGUGUUCGAGGGGGGGACUCGCUGUGGUUACUGGGCUGGUGUUUUCUUCUUGUCCUGUUCAGAAGGAGAGCAGAUCAAUUUCCUGUUUGAUUGCAUCGUCAGGGGCGUUACCCCCAGCAGGGCCCCACAUGGCCUGCGACCUUCCCUUCCAGCAGACCCAGCUUCAGCAGAGGAACGAAUCAGCCAGGAGGCGUCAGAGCUGGAGAAAAGACUCAGCAUGUUGUCUCACUGCAGCCUAGCGAGCAGUAGCACAGCUUACAGCUGCAGCACAUCUGUUGCAGGGGACGACCACAGCAGCCUCUCAAGCUCCUCCUCCAGCCAAUCAGACACAAGCUAUGGAAGCAGACUUCCAUUUUGGGUGGAGCCAUUAGCCAGACUGCACCUCUCCAGCGAAACAGUGUCAAGCUCCUCCACCAUGAAGGCUUUGGCCAGUUCAGAUGAUCGGCUUUAUGCUGCUGUGAUGGGAAGCUCUGGGACUCGUCCCUCCUCCGCUCAGCUCCAUCCUCGUGGUCUCCAUGACACUGGGCGGCAGAGCUCAUUAGACAGUGGGAUCGGGAUAGCAACAGGGAGUCAGUCGUCUUACUCGGGGAGCUGCUCCUCGUGUACGGGGAGUCUGGACACGGCCAGCCAGGGAGGAGGGGAGGAGUUUGACUCUGUUCCUCCUGCUCCUCUUCCUUCUUCACCUUUGUCUGCAACUCCCCCCUCUCCCCCUCCUCCUCCUUCCCCUUUUCAGUCCACCCUUACCCCAGAUCACAGUGCUGCUAACUCCUCCCGCUCCUCCUACUCUUGUGCCUCCAGAUCCAGCUCUGGUGCAUCUCAUAGUCACAGUGAGGAGUACCAGAUCCCCAACCUGCUCCGACUGCGGUACGAUACCCCGAGGAGUCUCCUCCAGACCCUGUCCCCGAGGGAAACCUCAGCCCAGGGAGCCCCGCCUGAGUCAGGCAGGGACAGCAGGAGCAGUGGGGAUAGUCAUGGGUUGAGCAGCGGCACUGCAGAACCCAGGCCUCAGCGUCAGGCCUUGCUGCAGCACGCACACUCCUGGGGCAGUGAGAGGGCGCCCUCUGUAGACAGCGAGGAGAGGUCCACAUCCAGAUCCUUGCUGGUUUGUGAGGAAACACAGUGCGACCAUGAUAUGGACAACUACAUUACACCGGAGCAGUGGCGGUCCGUAAGGAGCAGAUGCUCAACACAGAUCGUCACCUCACCGCCAUCAGUCCUCCGACCCGCAGAUGCACAAGAUCCUCCUCUCCAUGUUAGAGAGGAACAUGACGACACUGUGGUUGCUCUGAAGAAGUGUUUUCCCUCUCUGCCACCCUCUGUCCCUCCACCUCCGCCCAGUGCAAUAAGCAUGUACAGGCCAACAUCAGCCGGUGUGUUUCGGUCUCCCCACGAAGCUCCUCUGUCUGUGUGCCUGAAUGCUGGGCCCCAUAUUGACAGUGCUAUUAAUUAUGUCAACAUCCCAAUUAGUCCACGGCUGCCUAAAACUAACAGAGAGCUCCUGUACUCAGAAGUGGACCUGCAGGAGUCCGCCUCAGCUCCAGUCUUCAGUCCACUCCGAGCUGAUACAGAGAGCUCCAUCAGGUACGUCUACCACGACACCACUGCUAUGGAAAUGGCUCAGAGAGUGGGGGUGGAGGAUGUCCAGGGCAGACUGACUCAGCUGGAGAACAGGUGGCAAGGCAACCAAACUGAACGCAAUGACUGGCUUGAUGAUACUUUCCAUCACUGAUUCGCUCGAUCUCUCCAAGACAGCCAUCAUGCUCAAAUGCAUUUCAUCAUCUCACACGCAUGGACACACAGUUUUGCCAGUGUACAGAAAUUCCAGCAAACAAUCCAUUCCAAUAUAAAGAAGAAUAUAGGAAGUGUCUGAGAAGUCUAUUUUAUUUAUGUGUUAUUUCUCAUAUAUUUAGUAAACUUGUGUUGCCCUUUUACCCUACAAAUUCGUAUUUUUGUUGGCUGUUUGGCACUUAUAUACGCUGUGGCAACUGUGGACUAUGAAGAUUCUCUCAGGAUGACUGCUGAACAUUGGUUCACAAUGUGUGAGGCAAUGGCAUCUCAAACUAAUGUUUACCAGUGAUAUUACAGAUGUGAGACAAGUGAACAGCCGUUGUAAUCUAUUGAAAGUUCUGGUUAGAUUGAACUUCUUCAGAUAGUUUGGCUGUGGCCUCUAUUUGUUGUUUCAUCUCUUUACUCUGGGUUAAAAACUGCCAUUGUUUGAAUUCACACUAUUGAUCACAGGUUUGCAUCACAUGGUGAGAUCAACCCUUCUCUUCUCACCGCACUGACACCUUUCAAUCAACCGCUAAGAGUCCCAGCUACCUUGGCAAUCAUUCCACAUAAGACCGUAAAAACAUUUGAUUGAUGAAAGGCAGCUUAGAGUUAUAUCUAGGGUGCAAAUUACAUUAAUCCAGGCCCAUGUGGCCCAAGAAGGACACGACUGAGUAAUCAGCCAGCCAGUGACAUUAUUCAUCACAGUAAUCAAUCUCUCUGCUUCUAGUCUGAGAGGGCAAGAACUGAUGAAUGGAAAAGCGCAAUAUGUGUUCCAAUUUCUCACUUCCCUCUUGAUAUCAUCAGGAUAAAUAGUCCAAAAUUUGACAGUUAUGUAUAUUUAUGGUGGCAGUUCCCUACCAGCGUCUCUGAGCAGCGGCAGCGAGGAGGAAGAAACAACAUGAGGAUGAUGAAUAUAUUUAUUAUAUGUAUUUUUAAAAUCAAGAACAGCCUGUUUGUCAGAGUGCUUUUGUAAAUGGUAAACACUUUCAUUUACGGCAUUUACAAUUUCAAAAUAUCAUUCUUUGUAUGUUGUUGGCACCUGUAUCUUAUUGAAUAUUAAAGAUUUGCUGUUACAGUU